CGGAGCUGUCAGGAAAAAAACUCCCAGGAGCAUGAGGCAGGCUGAUAGAUUUGGGGAACUGCUUUCCAGGUGAACACUGUUAGACGAAGAGCUGAAGAGCCACGGAGGGACCAGUCCUUGUCCCGGACGCGAGCUGCUGCAAGAAUCCGCUGGAAGCUCGACUUGUGUUGGUUGUUUGGUGUGAUUUCUCUACACUUUCCACUCUGCAGACGUUAUCCAGAGGCGACACUGCUGCUGCUUUAGUAGUUUAAGCAGCUGCCGGGGUUUACAGCAGGGUUAUUGCAGCCCUUGGAAAAGAUCUGGCGUGUGUAGAGACUCACGUAGGCAUAGCGGAGUCGUUGCAGGAGGUGAUGCAGAAGUGAGGACGGGGUUUGGGUGAAUUUGUGGAUCUCAGUGGCAUCGUUUCAUUGUGCAAAUUAAAUCAAUAACUGUUCUGAAGAUCGCCCCCCCAAGACUGAAGUCCGGCAACCUCCCAUCUUUCUUCCGUGUUGCCGUCACCAUUGUGCAAGGACUAUGUUAAUGAAGGAGUACCGCAUCUGCAUGCCUCUCACAGUGGAGGAGUACCGGAUUGGCCAGCUGUACAUGAUCAGUAAACACAGUCAUGAACAGAGUGAACGUGGGGAGGGGGUGGAGGUGGUCCAGAAUGAGCCGUACGAGGACCCCGAGCACGGAUCAGGCCAGUUCACAGAGAAACGAAUCUACCUCAACAACAAGCUGCCCAGCUGGGCCAGAGCAGUGGUUCCUAAGAUUUUCUAUGUGACAGAGAAGGCUUGGAACUAUUACCCGUACACUAUCACAGAUCUUUGGCAGCGAGCCCAGAGAAGAGGAAACAGAGGUGUGGUUCGUGGACAUCGCCUAUGAUGAAAUCCCCGAGCGCCACUACAAGGAGUCAGAGGACCUGCGGCAUUUUAAGUCGAAGAAGACCAACCGAGGCAACCUGCAGGAAGGAUGGAUCAACAAGCAGGACCCCAUCAUGUGCUCCUACAAACUGGUCACAGUCAAGUUUGAAGUCUGGGGCCUGCAAACACGUGUGGAGCAGUUUGUACACAAGGUGAUUCGAGAUGUCCUGCUUUUAGGACACAGACAGGCCUUUGCCUGGGUGGAUGAGUGGAUUGACAUGACCAUGGAGGAAGUCAGAGAGUACGAGCGUGCCACACAAGAAGCCACUAACCUGAAGAUUGGCUCCUUCCCCCCCGCCAUCUCCAUCUCAGACACCCCUCUGCCGUGCAGCACCCGCAGUGGCCCUAACAGCGCCCCGUCCACUCCCCUCUCCACAGAAGCCCCCGAGUUCCUGUCAGUGCCAAAGGAGCGUCCCAGGAAGAAGUCAGCUCCAGAGACCUUGACCCUGCCGGAUCCGGGCCGCAGGGAUUCAAUCUUCAAGCUGCCCAGCUUUUUCUCCUGGAACUCCAGUCCGCAGCCAGAAUGAGAGCGAGGCUGUGCCACUGGUGAACACCCUCAACCUGUGGAUCAGUGGAGGAUGCCUGCCCAGCACAUCCCACAAUGCCCCCUCAGCCAGCUGAAGUGAAGGAGACACUUUUCUCUGCCCUGGUGAUCCAAGCCCCUUCAGCAGACCCGCCGGUGUUACAAGCCAAGCAGACAGCUCUCAGGCUGCCUUUACAGGUACAGACAGGCAGCCCCUGAUCUCCACAGCAAAAAAGCCCUGCAAGGUUGAUAGGUAUAGUGCGUCCCAUUGAGAGUCUCACAAACGCUGGAGGCUCCUCAUUCUUUUCUCCUCCUCAGACAGCCAGCACCAUGCAUCAGACAGUACGGAGUCUAAUUAGUCAGAUUGAGUGUAGCGCACAUUCCUGAAUACGUUUUAUCCCACAGAGAAUCACCUUACUUUCAUCCAAGCUCAGGGUGUGUUGAGAUUCAGUCACUGCACAUAAACUUUACAUGUACAGAAUUUGUUUUUAUUUCUGUUUUACCUUUAAGCAGUCUUUGGUUUUGUUGUUGGGUCAGAUUCUCAUUGGCCACUGUAUCAGUUGAGUAUCAUGUUUUCCACAGUCAGGUGUAAGGUGGUUGUGUAUUCUUGUAUAUACUGUAUGAACAUUAUUUAUCCGGUAAAAUGUCUACAAGUACUUCAAAAAGAUUAUCCUAUCCAGUGAUGACGCUGCUAUGAAAUUACUCUUGUGUAUUUUUAAAGGACAGGACUCUCUAUCUUCUUUAAGUGUUGGUUUAUUAUAGUGAGUUCUGUCACCCACUGGGUCUGUAAAUGACUUCUGUAAUUGCAUGAUUUUGACUCAAGAGGCUGUUUUUAAAUAUUUGUGAAUUCAGUGUUCUCUCUGUUUUCUUUAUCUUGGCCUCAUACUUGAUGUUGUGUUUCAACUGAGUUUUUAUAGACUGGUUAUGCGGUUUGCAUGUUCUUUUUGCUGCUUUAUUCAUUUUAACUGUAUUCAUUUUUAAGUCAUACUGUUAAUGGGUUUUGUAUCCAGUAAAUUAAAUGAAAUCCUGUUGUAUCCAUAA